AUGCUGACGCAGCUGCGGCAGCUGCUCCCAACGGAAACGCAGCAGCAGGCAAUGGCAGCAGCAGCAGCAGCAACGGCAGUGGCGGGAGCAGCAGGCAGCUCCUUCCUGCUGCCUUCUGCUGGAGCUUCUGAGGGCUCAUCGCUAUUCAAAGGCACAGGGGCGGCCCCGGCAGCCGAAGCAGAAGACGCAGACGUACCCCCGCCGGAGGAACCCACCGUCGUCACAACCACCGUUGACAGCAAAGAGGAAGUUAUUUUCACAGACCGCGACUGCCGCAUGCAGUGCUUCGAUCUGGAAAACAAAGUCUGGACCCCGAAGCCGCCUCUGGAUGGCAAGGUCGACUUCGUUGCACCCAAGAAGGGAGAAGAGGAAGGCCUGCCGAAUGCCCGCAUUCUCUUUUUCGUGAACCGCACCGGACGUCUGCGGUUGAAUUCGCCGGUGUUACCAUCAACAGUUAAAUUUAGACAUCCUAUUGAGCGCUCAGCAGUUUCUGCUGCAGCAAAGACGACUUCGCCAGGAGCUGCUGGUGCUCCAGAGACCGGCAAUGCGGAGGGAACUAAGGAAGUGCCGCUAAAAAAGAAUACGGUGGAGUUCACUGGACUGAAGAUCGAUGCAAAGGACGCGAAGGAUACGACGUUCUACCGCAUCCGUUUUUCGAACGAUGAACGCGCUGCGGAGUUCAUUGCUUUGGCGAAUGCCAAGCAAGAAGAGGCGGCGAAGGCCUCACAAAACGGCGGUACCCAGUAG